ACAUUACAGAGUUAUGGCCCCUUAAUGACGUCACGGAUAAAUGGCAGUGAAGUUCGUGAUGCCUGCGUGUAUGGUGUCCUGUUCAAGGAUAAAUCUCUCAAUAGUGUGACACUAUUCUCAUGAAUAAAGUCACAUGUACAUUGGAAUCAGGUGCCAUCCGAAGGUUCUAGGAAUCUACGUAGCCCAGCAACAUACAAGGAAAUUUGUGUUGAAUAUGAACCAUGCUGCCAAAGAUGAAAAUGUGCACCCUGAAAAGUCUGGCUCUGUUUCAAGUUCACAUGAAAACUUGUCGAGAGAAAAAUGUUGCCGAAAAAAGAAACCUUCAAGAAAGGCCAGUCCAAGAAAACGACGACACAUAGCACCAGAAUUGACAAUGUCUCCAGAGGAAGCAAGUCUAGUUCACAAGCAGGACAAACCCAAGUCCCCCCUUAAAGCAGCAUUGAGUGAGAGGGUUGGGACUUCAACAGGUGUGACAGAGAGUGCCAUUGGGUUGAACAAUGCCCCAUGUUUUGUGAGGACUAGGAUUUCUAUUCCCCAAUUAUUUUCAUCUGCUGGGGGACAAUUUCAGACGUUUCACAAUCAGUGUAUCACAGCUUCCAAACUGAUCCCACAACUAGCAAGCCAUCAAAUGAGGGAAUACUCAACCCAUUCCCUCCCCCAAGCAGUAGCUGUUUCCCAAGUGCCACAGAUUCAGGAUGUCCCAAGGACAGACCCAGAGAAAGGCCUGGCCGAACCAGCAAUAGCAGGUCAGGGGAAGCUGCCGCGGGAGUGGGAGUACACACAGUUUGGGCAGGAGCACCAGAGGUGUCGAUAUGCAGGGCUGGAGUUCUCUGUCAUGUCCUACAACGUCCUGGCACAGAGGCUUCUGGAGGAUCAUGGGUAUUUGUACCAGGGUGCCGAGGCUCAGGCCUUGCAAUGGAAAUAUCGGCGGGAACGUCUUCUGGAGGAAAUAACUUCUCACUCUCCAGAUGUGAUGUGUCUGCAGGAGGUUCAGGAGGACCACUACCAGGACUUCUUCAAACCACAGUUGGAAAACCUCGGCUACAGAGGAGUGUAUAUGAAGAGGACAGGAGACAAGUGUGAUGGCUGUGCUACGUUCUACAAGCAGGACAGGUUCUCUCUGGGUAACACAACUCCUGUGGAGUACUGCAGAGGCGGGCUGUUGGACCGGGACAACAUUGCCUUGAUCCUGGAGCUGGUCCCUCGGACGAAUGUCUACCAGGGCAGAGUGGGUAAGCUGUGUGUUGCUAACACACAUCUCCUGUUCAACCCACGGCGUGGCGACGUCAAAUUAGGUCAGCUCAUGGUCCUCAUGGCCGAGUUAGACAAAUGUGCGUUUAAUAGUUCCAGUGACCGGACAUCACCCGUCAGUUACAGCCCUGUGUUGCUGUGUGGAGACUUCAACUCAGAGCCUCAUAGUGAUCUGUAUAAGUUUAUUGCCCGCGGCUAUCUUCAGUACCAAGGUCUUAUAGCUCGGUUCCUUUCAGGACAGAAAGAUGGACGUUAUGGACGUGAUGUUCGUCUCAAACAGGAUUUCUUUUGUCCCUCAUUUGGAAUCACAGACCAGUGCCAGUACCGAAAUGUUAUUGAUACACGUGCAUCUGAGAUGGCGUCAUCAACGGGAAAGAAGGACCAUUGCCCGUCACUUAGUUCCAGUACAGGAGGAAACGAUCCCUCCCAUCUCCCAGACAACAUCCGCCCAGCUCCGUCCGCCCCAACUGAGGCCCUACAAGACAUUCGAGGUCGGCCUAGCGGAGUUCAUCUCAGUCCAAUGGGGAAUUCCUAUGGGUUCUCGUCCAGCCCUUCUGACUUUUCGUACUUUUCAAUGGGUUCCGGACAGCUGUGGCAUAGACUAAACUUUGUGUCCUCUUACCAUCAUACCAUAGCUCGGUUAAAUCAUCAGUGGAAUGAGGUGACGACGCAGCACAGUGCAGGAUCAUGUACUGUCGACUUCAUCUUCUAUAAUGUACUCCACAAAGAGGUGAAGACUCGAAACAACAAGAUAUACACACGCCACAUCAAUGAGGGACCGUUGAAGCUGUUGCGGAGGUAUGGACUGAUGUCACAACGGGAGAUAUCUAGUCUAGGGGGGCUGCCUAACCCCUCGUGUCCCUCCGACCAUGUCCCCCUCAUCUCAACGUUCCUUCUCACAAAGUGAUGUGGCUGCAGGCACCAUUAAACCACUGGACGAUUUUAGCCAGAGAUUAUGAUUGGCAAUCGUUUAGCCUCAAGGACUGGUUAAGUGAAAAAUACUACAUACACACUCAUUGUUACAUACCUCAUCUGAUUUUGUUGUGUUUCUAUGAAAACUAUUUAUUUAUUAGUGUUGAUUUGAGAUAAUUUCUUUAUCACUGGACAUAUGCGGAGGGAAGAGUGACAUUUAGUCACUACGUAUAGCUACAUCCAACUGCUUCCUAGAUCUCAGGCACAGCUUAAUUUGAAAAAGCACCCUGCACCAUUUUCUGAAAGAAAUUCACAAAGAAUGAAAAUUUUGUGUCCUGGGUUGCCCGGAGUGUUGGAUAUGAAGCAAGGGCGUCAUCCACACGCACCAAGUUCCAACAACCUUUGCCUGAGAACCACAUGUUUUGUUAAGAUUCUGAUGAACCGGACCUUAGGUUCGCCUCUUGUAAAUGGAAUAGUGUUGAGUGCUACAUGUAUAUUGAAGAACUGCAUGUAGUUUGGUGAAUGUCAUUAUGUUAACCAUCAUUGAGAAUUCCCAUUAUUAUGAAACAAUCACACAGUAUUUUGCAUAUAGACAGUUUUACAGAAGCCAAAAAUCAGACAAUAUAUUUUACAUUGCAUGGAUAUUGAUUUCAACUUUUGCUGUCCAAUCAGUUUAUGAUAUCCAACAUGUCUGUUUGAUUUAUAUGUGGAAAUCAUUUAAUUUUUGUUGAUAAACCGUGAAGUUUA